AUGGAGUGGGACUUUUGCUUGGAGCCCUGCACCGAGGGCCCCUGGAAAGACAGGUCAAGCCAUGUCAACGGCUUCAGCUCAGACUUUGCGUGGACGUGCCGCGAUUAUGUGAGCCGGGAGCUUUGCACAUUGGAUGGCGGAUAUGGCCCUGGCUGGUCGGCAGAUGCAGCUGGGAAGACCAGACACGGGACCUUUGAAGACUACAGGUUCAUGGGGCUCACCGCUGUCGAUGCGUGCUGUGGCUGCGGCGGUGGGAAUCGAAAUCCAGGAAUCUGUGAGGACAACUCACAUUUCCAAGACGAUAUUGGCAGCUGCGCUGUGCGAUCGAUUCACCGCAUCGGCUGUGAUGAUGACUGGGUGCGCUGGUAUUGCCCCAGGGCAUGUGGUCUUUGCUCGGUGCGCACGGUUCCUCACCACGAGCUGAAGGACAGGUGCGAGGAUGACGAGUAUAACCAGCUCAGCUGCGACUUAUUCGCAGUGCCCACCGCGGGAGACAAGUGUAGCUUCGAGUCGCUGACUUCAGAACUGCGAAAUGUCCUGGGCGAGAAGGCACCUGCGAGCUUCAGCGAGAGCCUGCUGGAAUCUAUCAGGAAGUACUGCCCCUUUUCCUGCCGAGAUUGCCGAAAGUGCGAACCAGGUUAUUUUAUGGAUGCGUCGAAACGCUCCUACGACCCAGAGAUUUGCCAAGCGUGCAGUCCUGGCAGAUUUCAGCUCAUACGGGCUACCAACUGCUUUGAGUGUGAAGCUGGUCGCUAUGCAGAUACUGCCGCAGCCUGGGCUUGCUCGAGAUGUCCACGAGGCACGACUAGCACUUCUGGUGCCGCCAACUGCACAGCUUGCCCGGCUGGGAGCGUGCCUGACCAGAAUCUAUGCCAACCUUGCCCCGCAGGCACUUACGCCGACAGUGCCCUGCUCGAAUGUUUGCCAUGCGCCCCGGGCACUGCAGCCCAGCCUGGGAGCUCAGAAUGUGCGGUGUGUUCACCGGGACGGCAACCGGGCGGCAUGUUCGCCCGCAGUGCAGCUGUCAGAGACUUUGACGUACAACAGGACAGGCAGGCAAAAGGAAAGGGUAUAGCUAUGUAUCAAUACAUACAUACGUACAUAGAAUACAUAAUACAUAUAUCCCCGGCAGCCCAUGCUUCAGUUUAUAUACAAUUACAUAGCAUAACGAUAUAUGUCUCCCCCCUCCCCUUCCUGUGGAACGGUUCCUUCUCCUGCGGCCUUUUGUUUCCCCCCUCCCCCCUGUGGAAUGGGACAUCCUUCCUUCUCCUCCGGCCCGUUAUAUUGUUUCCCCCCUCCCCCCCGUGGAACGGGACAUCCUUCCCUCUCCUCCGGCCUGCCUCCCCCCUGUGGAACGGGACAUCCUUCCUUCUCCUGCGGCCCUGCUUCUAUACAAUUAAUUAUAUAGGCAUAACGAUAUAG